AUGUGGCUUCUCUGGGUUCUGCUUCUUCUCAUCAUCCAGGGACACUUCUCCAUCUGCCAGGAGGGGAUGGUGAGGGGCACAGAGGGGAGGACACUGACCACAUUCUAUGAGUAUGACCAAGGAUGGGAACCCUACAAGAAGUGGUGGUGCUGCAGGAAGAGCUGGAUUUCCUGCAGAAUCCUUAUAAAAACCACCAGGACAGACAAACUGGUGAAGAAUGGCCGAGCGUCCACCCAGGACAAUCCCAGCCGAUGCACAUUCACCAUGACCUUGGAGGAACGCCAUCGAGAUGACGCAGACACCUACUGGUGUGGGACUGAGAGAACAGACGUUGACCCGGUGUACAAAUUAUCUGAGAUUGUCGACCCAGAACCGGAUCCAACAGACUCUCCCAAGCCUGUGCUAAGCACCACAUCAGCCAGCUGGGACUCCUCACCUCUGUUUACUCAGGGCACCAACAACAGCCAGCCUGUGACUCCAACCAACCCCAUCAGCAGGUCGGGGAAGAUGACCUCCUCUGUAGCAGCCAAGAAGCCUCCUGUGUGGACCCUCCUGCUGCCUCUUUUCCUUGUGACCCUGGAGGGGCUCUGCCAAACAUGAUGGACCAUUGCAGCAUGCAGGACUCUGGCCAAUGAUGGGUUUUAAAUUUCCCAACCAACCAGUAACU